AUGAUGUCUAAGCUAAAUUUCGUGCGCCAGCCACUCACCCGUGCGCAUUCAUCGGUGGUGGCUGCUGUGUCUAACUACCCGUCGUAUGUGCUCAAUGCACCGGCCACUGAGGUGACAACAUUACCCAGUGGUCUGCGCGUAGCCUCCGAGGGCUCGCACGGCGAAACAGCCACCGUAGGUGUGUGGAUUGGCGCUGGCUCUCGCUAUGAGACAGCACAGAACAAUGGUGCUGCACACUUUCUAGAGCAUAUGGCCUUCAAGGGCACGAGCAAGCGUACGCAGCAACAGCUGGAGCUCGAGAUCGAGAAUAUGGGUGGCCACCUUAAUGCCUACACGAGCCGCGAGCAGACUGUGUACUACGCCAAGGUAUUUAAGAAGGACGUACCUCGUGCGAUGGACAUUCUCAGCGACAUUUUGCAAAACUCGAAACUAGACGAGGCUGCGAUUGAGCGCGAGCGUGACGUCAUUCUUCGUGAGAUGGAGGAGGUUAACAAGCAACAGGAGGAGGUUGUUUUUGACCGCCUGCACGAAACUGCAUUUAUGGGCAAUGGACUUGGCCGCACUAUCCUUGGGCCAAUUGAGAACAUCCGUAACCUGAAAAAGUCGGACCUGCAGGACUAUAUUGCUACGCACUACACGGCCCCACGAAUGGUGAUUGCUGGCGCCGGUGCUGUGGAUCACUCGCAACUGGUGGAGCUGGCCCAGAACUCGUUCGGUGACCUGCCUAGAACCCCCGCUGUGGCUCCCACGCUCGAGCCUGUGCGCUUUGUUGGCUCGGAUGUGCGUGUGAAGGAUGACAGUAUGCCUCUGGCUCAUGUUGCCAUAGCCUUUGAGGGUUUUAGCUGGACCAGUGAGCACUCGUUCCCUCUGCUGAUCAUGCAGACACUGCUCGGCAGCUGGGACCGCACCUCGGGCGCCGGCAUGAACAUGUCGUCGAAGCUUGGCCAGGUGGUUGCUGAGAAAGAGCUUGCUCACUCGUACAUGUCUUUCAACACGUGCUAUCAGGACACGGGUCUAUUCGGUGUAUACGCUGUUGCUGACAAGUAUAAGCUGAACGACCUGACGUGGUACACGAUGGAGGCCCUUGUGCGCCUUGUGCACAAGACCACGGAUGAAGAGGUUGAGCGUGCCAAGACGCAGCUGAAGGCCAAUAUGCUGAUGCAGCUGGACGGUUCGUCGCCCAUUUGUGAAGACAUUGGUCGCCAGAUGCUGACGUAUGGUCGUCGGAUGACCCCCGCCGAGAUCUUUGCUCGCAUUGAUGCUGUGGAUGCUGCUGCUGUCCGUAAGACGGCUGACGAAGUUGUCAACGACAAGGAGCACGCUCUGGCUGCUACAGGUCCUAUUCACGAGCUACCGGACUAUAACUUCAUCCGUCGCCGUUCGUAUUGGCUGCGAUACUAA